AUGAAUUAUUAUUGGAGUUUCAUAUUAUUAAUAGCUUUAAUACAGUUAAUUACAUUUUCAGAUACAGCAUCGAUAUCUGAUUCAAAUUAUAUAAGAAUUGACCUAUUUAAAAGAGAAUUAGAUAAAUCCAUUUCACCUGAAAAACUUUUAAAAGUACGACAAACAUUAUUGGCCAGAAAAUAUUCUAAAUUAUUUAAACGUGAUGUAGUCAUACCUUUAACCGAUGAAAAAAACUUGAAGUUUCGGGAUCUUAGUUAUUAUGGUAUAAUAACAAUUGGUGGUCAAAAUUUUACUGUUAACUUUGAUACUGGAUCUGCUGAUCUUUGGGUUCCAGAUAUUCAAUGUAAUUCUUCUCAAUGUGGAACUCAUAAUCGAUUUGAUCCGACAAAAUCUCCGACAUUUAUUCCAGUUUCACCUCCAAAUAAUUUUACUAUACCUUAUGGUUCAAGUGUCAGCGGUUAUGAAGGUCAAGAUACUGUUAUUCUCGGUGGAAUUUCUCUUACUAAUCAGACUUUUGGAUUAGCAUUAAUUGAUGGUUUUAAUCUUACAUAUGAAGAAGAUGGUAUUCUUGGUUGUUCUCUUCAACCCGUUGUACUUACAGGUUCUACGUUUUUUCAAAGAGUUAAAACACAAAAAUUGCUUAAUAAUACUGUAAUCGGAUUUCACUUUGGAAGAUAUAACUUAAAUUCAACUGAUAAAAGUUUUAUGAAUCUUGGUGGCAUUGAUUCAAAUGCUUAUGUAGGAAAUAUUGUAUAUCAUAAUAUCACUGAUCAGGUUUUAUUUACUGGAUUAUGGUUUAUCUUAUUGAGUGAUGCUCAAAUUGAUGGCGUUUCAAUUGGAGGAAUUGGUUCAUCUGCUUUAAUUGAUACAGGUACUCCAAUAAUCGUUGGUAACAAUGUUCAAGUCUCAAAUAUUCAUAAAAAUAUUCCUGGUUCUUAUUGGAAUGGAGCUUUAUGGUGGAUUCCCUGUAAUACAACAAGUGUUGUCUCUUUGGUAUUCAAUAACAUAUCGUAUAAAAUUAGUCCAACUGAAUUAAUUAUACCAGCAGUAAGUAAUGGUACAUUGUGUCAGUCAACCAUUCAAGUAGCAUUCGAUAGCAUUUGGAUAGUUGGCGCUGCAUUUUUAUCAAAUGUUUAUAGCGUAUUUGAUUUUGAUAAGAUGCAAGUUGGAUUUGCAGAAUCUAAACUUGUCUCAAAUUAA